AAAAAAAAAAUAGUUAAGUGGCUAGAUGCCUCCGAGUUGUCACGGUGCCGUCGACGCUGCAGUAGUAGCUUUGACAAUUGGUGAAACUGCAUAAAAUUUGUAUAGUAGCGGCAUCGAUUGAGCGCGACAGCUGCUGAAGGAGCAGUGUCUGUGAUAACAGAGUCUAGUGACAUAUUACCUUUGUCAAGUGCAAUGCUCGAGACGAGGAGUGCUACAGGAAAUUAAGAGAAAGAGUGGAGUACAGAGGAAAUCAAGAAAAAGUGGAAUAUAGAGAAGGAAAUGCUGGAGCUUUAUGAAAAAUAACACUCGACGUCCACAUAAGGGCAAGUCGGAGGGGGGCUUCUGAUGUAAGUUAACACUAUUGUGUCAUGGCUUCCCAGAGUUCGGGUCAUGCCGAUAACGGACGAGGGGGAAACAGCUAUAGAUCAGCCAAAAACUUCUUGACUCCUGACGGUGGGGGAUUCGAGAAGUCACCAAGUCUACAAAAACUCCCCCAGCAGAGCUCCACCGAGACUAGCGGUCUGGGAGAGACGAUCACUUCCGGAUUCUCUUCGCAGGAAAGUAUCAGGAGUACACAGAGCUACACAGGUGAAAGAUCCGCGUGUGAUGUAAUUGUAGCGCCAGAUCAAUGCCGAUCAGGCAGGGCUCCAAAAGUUUUCUCUCCAAGAGUUACCAUGAAAGGUGAAAGCGACAAAAAACCAUUAAUUCACACCGAUCAAUCCGCUUCAGAUGAAUUAAGAAUGGGUAGGAGUAUGCAGGUUCAAGCCGAUAGCGCUGCUAACGAUAACUUUGAUAAAUUGUUCGAGAAUCCGCCGACUUCGCAGAACACUUAUCGUGGACUACAGGUCGAAGACAUCGACAAGAACUGGGAUAGAAGAGGUUCUCAGAAAAGUCAUCGCUCAUCCAGAAGGGGAUCAUUUCGAAAUAAGGAUGAUACUAAAUUUCUCGGCAAAAAUUUGGGAUCUACAUGGACAAAAUGGUCGAAAGAGAGACGAGCCUCUACGGAGAGAAAACUUCGCCCCACAGAAGAUGAUGAGUCUCCUUUGGAACGUUCAACGACACCGGUCAAAAAAGCCUUACUGGAGAGCACCCAGUUCGUGCAUCCUGACUUAGAGAAAUACCACAUUUCUGAGGAGGACAAGCAUUACAUUCAAAGACACCGCCAACAACGAUAUGCAACAUAUCAUGUGAUCGAAAAAUCAAAAAAAGGCCAGAGACACCCGCACGAACAUGUAGGGACAAUGCUGACGGAGAAGCAGUGGACAACUUUGUCCGAUUUCUGGGAGCAUCGUACUUUCUCACGCUCCCGAUAUGUAGCCAUGUUUCUGGGAUUUACGACGACAAUUUUGAUGAUUGCAAGCAUCUGUAGCAAUUGGAUUCAAUACUCCUUAUUAGCGGGUAAGUAUUACUUAGCGGAAUGUGCGCGUGUGACAAUUGAAUCAAUGGAUUACUUCUGCGGAGUAAUUAUUCUAGGUAAUCAACUUUUGUCAAUUAUUCAUUUUAUUACCUCAUUUCUCCUCCUUAAAUCUGGUUAUACUUUAUUUAAUUUGGAAUCUUUGACAGAGCCAAAUUAGAUUUCAAGAUCCAACUAGAGUAUUUUUAACCAUCUAAAAUUUUAAACACUCAUUCAAACAAAACAGCAAACUGGGUUUUUUUUUCUUGGGAACUGAAAUCAUUUCAUGGUUUAAGUAAUGUUCUAUGAUUCAAACUGGGUAAACAUUUAUAAACUGAAAAUUGGCUAUUGAUUAUUAGAAACUAAGAAAAUUUUUAAUUCAUCAAACAGCUGUUAACGCACAACAUGCUGUUGGAAAAGCAAACAUUUUACUACUCAGAAUAUAAUUAUGAAACAUUGAUCACGUUGUAAAACGCAAAAAGGGUAUUUUCUUUAAAAAAUAAACAUUUUUCUCUAGAUAUUUAAUCUUUCAGUGAAAUGACAUACAAACAGUUCUUUAAAAAUGGUAUUCACGAAUUUAUUUUAUCAUAAAGAUUAGAAUAGAGAGUUCAAAGAAUUGGUAAUAUAAAGAUAUUGAAACAAAUUUCUCAACGAUGGUAUAGCCUUAGCCUCCAGGUUUUCUCUUGUUUAGUUUUUCAGCUACAAGUACCAUUUAAAAAGCUUGUUGUACUGUUAAACUGUACCAUUUUUAUCGUAUAAAUCUCACAUCCAAUGAUAUCAAGUUACGUCAUGCAGAAUUUAUGGUAUCAUUCGAAUAUCUACAUUGUAUAUUAUGGACAUGAUUAAUUACUUUUAUCAUGCGAUAAAUACAGCUUCCUGAUGAUAUUUGAUUAUCUUAUCAAGUUUUAAAUUACAAAGCAUCGAUUUUUUUUAAAUACCUGAUUUACUUUCUGCAUGUAUCAAAUUUAGAAUUGUUUUUUUUUUUUAAAUCCUUUGAUAACAGUAUUUUUGCAAACCAUAACUUCAAAUCUUAUCUUUCAUGAAUAUGAAGAACUGCAUUCAUUAUAAAACACUUUAAUAAAUAAUUAAAACUGAACUUUUUAAAUUGAUAUUUUACUCUCCGAAGUUACAUGUAGCAUGUAGCACAGUGACCAGUGAAGCCAUACAGUGUAUGAUUAAGCCCUGAUACGAAUUCCACAGAGGAGGGGUUCCUACUAUCGUACCACAGCUAUAUGUACAUUAUGUACGUGGAAACAUUUCGCCCCCUUUGAGUUUCAGAUUGCAUUGAGACUUGGCAAAUUUUCUUUCUACGAUAGAUUUGUAUGUACUUUUAUUUGAAAAUUUACUACGCAGAGAUCAAUACAAAUUAACUUACAGCUGAAAAGUUUCACCUUUUUUUAAAUUACCUACUUUCACUACUCUAUAGAUGACGUAUACAUAUUAAAUGAUUUUCAGUAUCUAUGAUAAUGUAAGCGUUAAGAAUAUGUUGAAUUAUGAUUGAAACGUUGAAAAACUAUAAAUCAACAAAUUUUUAACGUUGAGUCAACAGUGCAAAGUCUCAACUUUCGACAAUCCGUGGUUUUUACACAUUUUAAGUAGUCUUGAAAAUGAAGACGACUUUUCAGUGUUGAAGAUGCAACAUUCGUUAAUCACAUUCUGAUGUGGAAACAAGACCAGUAAACCUGUGGAGCAAAUAUACUUGAAUGUAUUGCAGACUCCUUGGUACUUUUUGCAUUUAAAUUUUAAUAUACUUUGUUUCUGUUAAAUCCAGUCACCACAUGUUCACGCCCAUUCCCGAUAACCCAGUCACCACUCACCACGUGUUCACGCCCAUUCCCGAUAACCCAGUCACCACGUGUUCACACCCAUUCCCGAUAACCCAGUCACCACGUGUUCACACCCAUUCCCGAUAACCCAGUCACCACGUGUUCACACCCAUUCCCGAUAACCCAGUCACCACGUGUUCACACCCAUUCCCGAUAACCCAGUCACCACGUGUUCACACCCAUUCCCGAUAACCCAGUCACCACGUGUUCACACCCAUUCCCGAUACAGCUUUGUACUUUUGUUGGUUUUACGUCCCUUCGAGAAUUUUUCUUAAGAAGUAGAAAAAAUUUAGAUCUAUGCUCAAAGUGUCACGGCUUCUCCGUUUUUAGGCCACAUGCGAAA